AUGGGACUUACUCCAUCUAGGACAGAAUCGGAGUGUGUGCCACUGGAAACUUUAUGUCCGGCCACCUGGAGGUUAUUGUGCUACUGGAAACCACUGUGGCUCUGGGUAGAAAUGGUAGAUGUGGAAAGAAGAGAAGAGCAGUAGCUGGAUGCGGAGUGAGCUGUCGGCUUAAGAGUUUAUCCCUGUGGCCUGGAACUGGAGGACUGGAAGGACUGGAUUUCAGAAGGCCUUGAGUACAGCAAGUAUGGCAGAACCAAGUGCCUCUGAGGUCAUCUUCAUCUCUGUCAACCACAGCAUCACUUUGAUGGGGAAGGUGUGGCUCAUUGUGAUGAUCUUCCUCCGCAUCCUGAUACUCCUCUUUGCUGGUUACCCUCUCUAUCAAGACGAGCAGGAGCGAUUUGUGUGCAACACGAUUCAGCCCGGUUGUGCCAACGUGUGCUAUGAUCUGUUCUCUCCCAUCUCUCUCUUCCGCUUCUGGCUGGUACAGCUCAUCACUUUGUGUCUCCCCUACAUCAUCUUUAUCAUAUACGUGAUCCAUAAGGUGUCAAAUAGCCUCACUGUGGACCUGAACUCCUCUGGUCACAUCAAAGCUAUGCCUUUGUUCAAGAUUCAUCAGGAGUCCAGGAAUAAGAUGCCUCUGGUAGCUGAGCAAAGUUGGGCGCGGUGCUUCACAGGUGCAUACAUCCUACAACUAAUGUUCAGAACUUUGCUGGAGGCAGGGUUCGGAGCAGCUCACUACUAUCUGUUUGGUUUCUACAUCCCCAGAAGGUUCCUGUGCCAACAUCCACCAUGCACUACCCAAGUGGACUGCUACAUCUCCAGGCCCACUGAGAAGACUGUGAUGCUCAACUUCAUGCUUGGUGCAGCUGCUCUGUCAAUUUUCCUAAAUGUGUUGGAUUUCAUCUGUGCCAUUAAGCGCUCAGUGAGGCAGAAGAGCAAGAGAAAGAUGAUGGUGGAGAAAAUAUAUGAGGAAGAGCAAUGUUUCCUUUCAGCUGGAGGAACUGCCUCCAUGGCUCAGCAGGAUUCAGAGGGAGAAGCUGGAUCUCCAGGCUGCAACACAAACGGGAACAAUGGCGAUUCUGUUUCCCAAGAGGAGGCUCCGGAGAGGAAUGGCAGUGAGGUGGCUCUCUGUCCCCCAGAGCCAAUGGGAACACCCAGAUCCAUUCGUGUUAGCAAACGCAAUCGACUCAAACCGCCACCUCCGCCCAGACGGGACCUUGGGUUGCCUCCUGGGGGUUCAGCAGGGCCCAUCAGGGACGUUUCCACAGCAACAACAAUCUGCACCAGAAGGGUGGAUGGGGUCAGAGCGGACACAGGUAGCCUCCAGGCCCUGUGCUUGGAUGUUUGGGUGACCUUUUGGAAUACAAAGGUCAGGCUGAACUGAAAGACAAUAAUCUUACUAAGGUGCUGUUACUGGGCUCAUAGAAAAGGAUUCCUCUGGCAGAAGUGAAGGACACUAUGAAGUCCCCUAAAGCUGACAUAG